AUGAAUACAUUGUGCAUUAAUCUCUUAAAUAUCGCUGUCUUUAGGCUAAAGACAAAACGAAGAAAUUUUUUUGCUUUUAUCAUUUUAGUGGCCGAACGCAAGAGAAAUACUGCUGAUUCAUUUCAAAACGAAGAAAGAAAUUGUACGUAUAAAAAGAAAGAAAGAGCCAUAGUCGUGUAUUUUGAUCUGAUCGACACACAAAUAGAGAAGUCGGAAAAUAUGCCGAUGUUAUCAACACAACAAAAAACCACGAAAAUGGAUAGUGUUACAAAAGUUGAAACCAUACCAAUUAACGGUCACAAGGAAUCCCCUGUCAAAAGCGCUUUAAUAAAUAUACGUAGUGUUCUAUAUGCUGUGAUUUUUGGUUUAUUGUUUGGAUUCUUCAUAAAUAAAGGAACAGUGUUUGUCGCUCCUACUAUUCGCAAGCAAAUGUUGUUUCAACGGUUUGCAAUGUUAAAAAUGUUUCUCGCUGCUGCUGGAGUGUCUAUGUUGAGCGUGGCUUUACUGGUGCUCUGUUGUGGUGCUCUAUAUGCAAAAAUUCUUGCCAGCUAUAUUGAGCACAAUAGUCGUCGAGACAUUCUUCAUUACAUGUUGGGAGGUACUCUGAUCGGUAUAGGAAUGGUUAUAUGUGGUAGUUGUCCAGGCACAGUUUUUGUUCAGAUUGGUUCGGGCAUUAUCAAUUCUCUCUUUACUGCGUUGGGUGGUCUUCUCGGAACGUAUUUUUACUACAUAUUGAUUCAUGAACGUGUUUCGCGAGAAAAACUACCACCAACAUCACUUGUUCUUCGCCGUUUGAACGAAGUGUUACAUGUUCAUAGUGUUAUUGUUCAUGUCGUUUUUGGUCUUGGUCUUCUUGGCAUAGCUGUAGGCUUAGAAUUCGUUAUUCCAUGGAAAUCCGAUUUGAAUCCUAGACUACUAGCGCAAGGUACUCUUAAUCCAGAUGAUGCUAUUGGUUAUAUUUUCGGCAUGGCUGCAUGGCCACCCUCAGCUUGCGGUGCUGGUGUUGGUCUUUUACAAUUAUUCUUUAUGUUCUUCCUUGAAAAAUCACUGGGAAUGUCAUCAGCAUUUACUGUAGUUGCUGCUCAAAUAUGUCGUAUUAAACCGAUUGGUCGAGCAUUGCCAUCAUUGAAUUCAUUCGCUUAUGGAGUCAAGAAUUAUGUCGCAUUUCUUGUUGCAUUAGGUGCUAUUGGAGGGAGUGCUUUGUCAUCCAGUCUGUCACAAACAAUUCCACUUGGUGCAGAAAAUGGAACAAAUAUAUUUAGUAGCAUCCUUGGUGGAUUUUUAUUAUUAUUAGGAGCACGAUGUGCAGGUGGUUGUACCAGUGGACAGGGAAUUUCAGGUAUGACACAUCUUCUGCUUGGUUCAUUCCUGACAACAGCAUGUAUCUUUGGUGGUGGCAUUGCCUUUGGUUUUAGUAUUUAUCUUGGUAGAAGCGAAUGGUAUUUUUCCGAUCUAUAA